CAAAAAUCGAAAAAAUGAAAGCCUUCAAAGCGAAUCGAGCGAAUAAUAAAAAAGAAGAGCUCUAUUUUUGUUAUCUUUGUGGUAUUUGACAGCGAUUGAAGAAUGAUUUGAGGUUAGGUUGUUGUGAUCAUUUAAAGAAGUGAGGUUAGUUAAAGGUGUUAUAUUUUUAUGGGUAAUGCAUUAUUAUUUAUUGGUAACACAAUUAAACAUUUAUAAACACAAUGCCAAAAGAACAAUACCGCGAAACUGAUGUUGCGAGAAAAAUCUCCCACAUCAGUUUCGGGAUUGAGAGUGCGGAAUCAAUGCAACAACAAUCUCACAUUCACGUUAUAGCGAAAAACUUGUAUAAUCAAGACGUGAAUCGUACCCCAAUUCCCUUUGGGGUACUGGACAAGAGAUUGGGCACAAAUUCGAAAGAAUCACCUUGUCAGACAUGCGGAAAGAAUAUAAAUUCAUGCGUUGGCCACUUUGGCUACAUAGAUUUAGAAUUGCCUGUGUAUCACGUUGGCUACUUUAGAAGCAUUAUUAGCAUUCUUCAAACAAUUUGCAAGAAUUGUGCCCGUGUUCUCCUCCCCGAAGAAGAAAAAAAUCAAUAUCGGUUACGCUUAUCUAACGAACAUCUUAGCUAUAUGACCAAAAAAGCGAUAAGGAAGAAAAUCAUCGAGAAAUGCAGGAAAUUGACCAAGUGUCCCUACUGUAAGGAAUCUAAUGGUUUCGUAAAAAAGUUGACAGCCAGUAAAGGGAGUACUGGGGGAUCUGUCUUAAAGAUAGUGUGCGAGAAAAAUAGAGGGAGUGACAAGGAGGCAGUGUUGAAAGAACACAUGAAAAAAUUUAAUUCAGCGAUUGAUGUUAAUCCAGAGAUAAAAAACGCAUUAACUGCCAAUACUGCGGUGUCACAGAUUCUUACCCCAAUUGAUGUUUUGAAAUUAUUUGAGAGAAUCCCCCAAAGUGACAUCCCAUUACUCGCAAUGGACUCAAGGAGAUCACAACCGAAAGAUUUAAUUUUCACGAGAAUGCUGGUGCCCCCUGUUUCAAUUCGCCCUUCUGUGGUAUCCGACUUGAAAGCGGGGACCAAUGAGGACGAUUUAACAAUGAGACAAUCUGAAAUAAUCUUUAUCAACGAUGUAAUCAAAAAGCACAAACUGUCAGGAGCUUCUGUGAAUAUGUACCAAGAGGGUUGGGAUUUUCUCCAACUGCAAACCGCGCUUUACAUUAACAGUGAACUCUCCGGGGUUCCCCUUGCAAUGAUGCCGAAAAAACCCGGCCGUGGUCUUGUGCAACGCCUUAAGGGCAAACAGGGCCGUUUCCGCGGCAAUCUCUCCGGUAAACGAGUCGACUUUUCCUCAAGAACGGUUAUUUCACCCGAUCCUAAUUUGCAAAUCGAUCAAGUCGGUGUCCCUCUCCACAUCGCCAAAAUCCUGACUUUCCCUGAACGGGUGAUUCACGCAAAUAUCGAUGUUAUGAGACAAUUGGUGAUCAACGGGCCUGACAAAUGGCCUGGGGCUAACUACGUCCAGCAGAAAGGCUCCGCUUUCAAAAAGUUUCUCAAAUACGGAAAUAGGGAGAAACUAGCGCAGGAGUUGAAACUGGGAGAUUUGGUCGAACGCCACCUUCAUAACGACGACGUUGUCUUAUUUAAUCGGCAACCGAGUUUGCAUAAGUUGUCGAUUAUGGCACACAGGGCCAAAAUCCACCAACAUCGAACUUUCAGGUUCAAUGAGUGUGUUUGCAACCCCUACAAUGCGGAUUUUGACGGCGACGAAAUGAACUUGCAUUUGCCCCAAACCGAGGAGGCUAAAGCGGAAGCUCUGAUCUUAAUGGGGAACAAAAACAAUUUAGUAACGCCACGAAACGGUGAACUUUUGAUCGCAGCAACUCAGGAUUUUUUGACUGGGGGCUACUUAUUGACCAAAAAAGACACAUUUCUCGAUUUAGCACACGCGUCUCAAUUAGCCGCCACGCUAUUGGCUGAGAAUGACACACACAUGCAAAUUGAUUUACCAACACCUUGUAUUUUAAAGCCCAGACGUUUGUGGUCGGGCAAACAAAUUUGUAGUCUUAUUUUCCGGCCUAAUAAGAAAUGUCCAGUCAAGGCAAAUCUUGAAGCGAAAGGCAAAGCCUAUACAAAAAAUAGAGAGUUGUGCGUUAAAGACUCAUAUGUUUUGAUCAGAAAUUCUGAACUGCUUGCUGGAACGUUAGAUAAGAGUCAUUUGGGAAGUGGAGGGAAGGGCAGUAACAUUUUUUAUGUAAUUUUGAGGGACUUUGGGUCUGAAUAUGCGAUAAAAUCCAUGUGGAGGUUAGCUAAGCUUACUUCUUUUUAUUUAAUGAACAGUGGAUUCAGUAUCGGGAUAGGUGAUGUCACACCUAGCCCAGGUUUACUAAGACGAAAGAACAAGUUGCUAGAGGAUGGAUAUGCUAAAUGUGACGAAUAUAUUCGGCAAAUGGCCGACGGUCGGCUUCAAUGCCAACCGGGAUGUACGGCUGAAGAGACUUUAGAAGCUGUUAUUUUGAAAGAAUUAUCAGUUAUUCGUGAACAUGCAGGCCAGGCAUGUCUCGCAGAAUUGCACCCCACCAACAGCCCCCUAAUUAUGGCAUUAUCAGGGUCGAAAGGGUCUUUCAUUAACAUUUCUCAGAUGAUUGCCUGUGUGGGACAGCAGGCUUUGAAUGGAAAACGUGUCCCAGAUGGGUUUGAAAACAGGUCCUUACCACAUUUCCCACAUCACUCUAAAACACCAGAAGCUAAAGGCUUCGUUGAAAAUAGCUUCUAUACUGGGUUAACACCCACGGAAUUCUUCUUCCACACAAUGGGCGGCCGUGAGGGUCUUGUAGACACAGCGGUUAAAACCGCUGAAACCGGCUACAUGCAGAGACGGUUGGUGAAGUCCUUGGAAGAUUUGGUGGUGCAUUACGACGGUUCUGUCAGGAAUGCGGAAGGUGAUCUCGUUCAGGUGAACUACGGAUGUGACGGCCUAGAUCCGACCUACAUGGAAGGUAAAGACUGCCCCGUCGAUUUUGACCGCGUUUUGCGACACGUGCAAGCGAAAUGUCCGUACCGAGAUGAAGCGAUCCUAAAUAGUGUCCAAAUCCGACGAGCCACUAAAACUUUUCUGGAAACGGAUGCCUUAAACGAGUGUAGCGAGGGAUUUAAAACGGAACUAAAGAACUUCAUGGAAAAGGUUGCGCAAAGAGUCGAAAAAUUAUACAACAAAUUGGGGGACGCUAAAGUGGUAAAAGAAAUAGAAAGAUUAACUUGUAGCCAGUUGGUGACAUUUUUACAAAUUUGCGGUUCAAAAUAUACCAGAUCUAUCAUCGAACCGGGAACUGCGGUUGGUGCUUUGGCUGCACAAAGUAUAGGUGAACCUGGGACGCAAAUGACACUGAAAACUUUCCAUUUUGCUGGUGUUGCUAGUAUGAAUAUUACACAAGGUGUCCCAAGAAUUAAGGAAAUUAUUAAUGCUAGUAAGGAUAUUAGUACGCCUAUAAUCACUGCUAGCCUCACCAACCCCCGCGAUAUCGGUUUUGCCCGAGAAGUGAAAGCCCGAAUUGAAAAAACAACCCUUGGCGAAGUGGCUUCGUUUAUUGACGAAAUUUACACAGAGUACGAUUGCUUCCUUUUAAUUCAGUUAAAUUACGACCGGAUUAAGUUAUUGAGACUUGAAAUUAAUGCCGAAACUGUCCGAUAUAGUAUUUGCACCUCAAAAUUAAAACUUAAGCCGACUGAAGUUCGCGUCGAAAGUGAAACAAUUAUUACAGUACACCCCGGUGGCAGUAAACACUCAACUAGAUAUAAUUUUUCGUUGAAUGAAUUAAAGGCAAAAUUGCCUAGUGUUGUUGUUAAAGGGUUGCCAACUGUGAAUCGUGCUGUUAUUGCCAAGGAGGAGAAAGGGGGCGAGACUUUGUAUAAUUUAUGUGUGGAGGGUGACAAUUUAAGGGAAGUUAUUGCUACGUAUGGAGUACUGGGGACCAAAACUGUCUCAAAUAAUAUCAUGGAAGUGUAUCAUACACUGGGAAUCGAAGCUGCAAGGGAAACUAUUAUGUCUGAAAUUAAAAUGGUGAUGGAAAACCACGGCAUGAGCGUGGAUUAUCGCCAUAUUAUGUUACUGGCGGCACAAAUGACGCAUACGGGGGAAGUUUUGGGUAUCACCCGGUAUGGUUUGUCUAAAAUGAAACAGUCUAUCCUGAACUUGGCUUCUUUCGAGAAAACCGCUGAUCAUUUAUUUGAUGCAGCUUAUUAUGGUCAGGUAGACAAGAUAAACGGUGUUUCAGAAAAUAUUAUAAUGGGAAUGCCCGCGCCUAUAGGAACUGGAAUUUUCAAACUCCUUCACAAGCCCCUCCAUAUUGAAGAAAAUCCACCUUCAGAAACUUUACUGUUCGAAACUGCAAUUGCCAAGUAAAAUAAUAUGUAUUUAGGAAAAUUUUACAAUAAAAAUU